GGGGCGGCCCCGCCCCUCCAGCCGAGACGCGGGCUCCGGUGGCGCCAUCUUCCCCGGCUACGGGAGGGGUCACAGGUCAGUGCCACAACCUCGCCGCGAGCGAGGAGGACGAAGUGGGUGAUCAGACCCGGCCGUGGCCUUCACGUCCCAAGGGGUGCUUUUUCCACGGGCCAGCCCAGGGUUCUCCUAGAGGACAAUGGAUUCAGGAACUCGCCCAGUUGGUAGCUGUAGCAGCCCUGCAGGGCUGUCGCGGGAAUACAAACUAGUGAUGCUGGGUGCUGGCGGUGUAGGGAAAAGUGCCAUGACCAUGCAGUUCAUCAGCCAUCGAUUCCCAGAAGAUCACGACCCCACCAUUGAAGAUGCUUAUAAAAUCCGGAUCCGUAUUGAUGAUGAGCCUGCCAAUCUGGACAUUUUGGAUACAGCUGGACAGGCAGAGUUUACAGCCAUGCGGGAUCAGUAUAUGAGGGCAGGAGAAGGGUUUAUCAUCUGUUAUUCUAUCACCGAUCGUCGAAGUUUCCAUGAAGUUCGGGAGUUUAAACAGCUUAUUUAUCGAGUUCGACGCACUGAUGAUACCCCUGUGGUUCUUGUGGGAAAUAAGUCUGACCUAAAGCAGCUAAGACAGGUCACCAAGGAAGAAGGAUUGGCUUUGGCCCGAGAAUUCAGCUGCCCCUUUUUUGAGACAUCUGCUGCAUACCGCUACUACAUUGAUGAUGUAUUCCACGCCCUUGUGCGGGAGAUACGAAGGAAAGAAAAGGAGGCGGUACUGGCCAUGGAGAAAAAGUCUAAGCCCAAAAACAGUGUCUGGAAGAGGCUAAAAUCACCAUUCCGGAAGAAGAAAGAUUCAGUAACUUGAAGGGAAGGUGUGAUGUGUCCAUCUGAACUGCAGUGCUUAACCAGAGCAGUCCAGUGACCUGCAUAGUGAGCAUGGUGCUUGUUCUUUCUCCUGUUAUGACCAUUAUUUUAAAAGUAACUGAUGAUGGGGACAUGCCCACUAGGAGUUUUCAAUGAUGUGGUAUUUAAAAUAUUGUCUCUUAGCUAAUUCUGAUGUUAUUAACCCAGUGGAGCACUGUCUACUUUUAAAUUGUCACAUUAGAACUUGAUCUCAACAUUUGGGGUUCUGUUGCUGGUAUUAAUUAAUGGAAAUUUUUUAUACCCAGGGGAAUAUGUAUACCGUGUAUGUUUGACUCAGCUCACAAGAGGAAUUUUUUGCCGUGCACUAUUCUGUGUUCUCUUUCAACUUCAAUUUCCUGGGACUGUCCCAGGGAAGGACCUCAAUCUUUUCUAUUCGUGCUGUGCUUCCUGGAGACAGAACAGAAAUCAUAUAGGGCAAUUAAUUCUAAAGACAUCAGUGCUAAAGUUUAGCAAAUAGCUAUGGAACUGACUCCUGUUGCAGAUUAUGGAGUGAUGAGAUUGGGGAAAUCAGGCUGUGUUUUUGCAGGAACUUGACUAGCAACAGGUAGGAUCAGAACAGUAUUCUCAGAAGGAGCCUGUCUUUCGUAAGAAGCACACAUCUGACCCAAAUGCACUAGGACGGAUGAGAACAGACAGAAGCAUAUAAAACGUAAUGAAGUUUUCUCCUGUGAGGUUAUUUUACUCUUCCUUUCAGGGUUUUGCCUUUCUUUACUUUCCAAGGUAAACUCUUUUGAGAACCAUUACUGGAUUACUAAACUCGUAUUUAAUCUAAAUCCUUGGUUGGGACAGCCAUUGCCUUAGACAGGUUUAUUUUUUCCCUAGAGAUGCACACACCAUACAUUGACAUUAAUUGCUUCCUAGUGCUUUCCCUUAGCUUCCCUGUGCUCUCUAGAAGAGCCUGGCCUGGCAAAAUGUUUUGUAGGCCCUUUGUCAUCAGACUGACUGCAUUUUCCACACAGAAGAGACAUCAAGAGUUAGUAAAACUGUGUACGUGCCUCCUUGACGUAGACAAUCACCAGACUCAGAGUUCUGAGAAAGCCUGCGGCAUUUCUGUUUAAUGAGCCAGUCUCGAAGCUUUAAAAUUCCCAUAUGUUGAGUUUCUCAUUGAAGAUAUUUACAAGAACCUUGCUAAGUUCACCUCAGGGUUGCCUGAGCCUUGACAAAGCUUAGCGUAAGAGCAUACCACUUUGGUAACUAUGCAUAGUUAAGAAACUUUCGUCCUGGGAAGAAUCAGCUUUAAAUAUUGGUGGUGAGUUCUUUCUUUUAGAAUCAGGGUUAUUUUGAGACCUGAACUUGUUACGUGUGGAGAUUAAGGGCAAAAGUGCUAAGAGUAAUACAGCAUAUGCUGAACAUUAAAUGUCACUGAAGCAGUGUUUGUGACCACUUUAAACUCUAAGAACAUGACUUUUUGUAGCACUUCUUAAAAAGUGCACAGCUCAACUUACUGUUUUCCAUUUUUAUUACAGACAGAAGGACAGGGUUGUUGUGUUUUCCUUCCAGUCAGUGGUAUAUGGUAUUCUGGGCUUAAAAGUGAUGGUUAUAACUUUUUUAGCUGAGUAGUGGUCCCUUUUGAAACUCUGGGAAAUGUUUUUUCUACCAAGUAAAUUAUGUUUUAUGGUACUCAACCCAUCCAAAAGUGAAAGAUGCAGAAUUUGAAUCUAUGUAGGACUAAAAUCUUACAGGAACCAUAGCACUUGGAGAAGCAUGAAGUUAGAAAAGAAAUACAGUGCAAUUCUACUUUAACAGUAUUUCACCACAUUUAAGCCAGCUUAGAGCCUAUUAGGUUUAAUGCCUUAGCUUCUCAUUACUAAUGACCUGAGGAAUUGUUAUUAGCAUCAAGCAAGAAGUUGACAGCUCUGUAAUAAUUCAGGAUAGUCAAGGCAGCAGAGAACAUUGCCAGAAAGAAAGAUCUGUAAGACAGGGGGGAAUUUGUAUUAUAUAUAAGAAAAAUAACAAAUUAAUGUCUUUAAGACUAUCACUGUCAUAUAUUUGAUCAUUGGAUUAAUUGGCCAAAAAUUAGUAUUGAGAAUUCUAUUCAUGGUGCUAAAUAGUUUGAGGGGUAUAAUAUGUGUAAGUCAUAGCUUUAUUUUUAGUGAUCAUAUAGUGUACAUAAUUUAUAAGCUCUAAAUAGUCAGCUUUAUCUAAUUUGAGGGCAUUAAAAUCAAUUACUGCCUGGAACUUUGAAGAGAGAAAAAUUCAGGGACAAGUUGAAAAGCACUGGAACUGUUCAUGUCCAUACCAGAUUGGUAAAUUACAAAAUUUAGAAGCUGGUGUCUAGGAUUAACUGUUAAGAAUUCAAAAGGGGAUACAUGUUUUAACUUUGUGACAUAUUAGCAAGAAUUGGCCUACUGUGAUGUUUGGGGAGGAGGGCAAGAGAAAAAUUUUUUCACUUAUGCACUUGUAUAUGAAGACAGUUUGUAUGACACAAUACAAAACUUUUAAACAAUUUA